UUGAGUGCGCUGAGUGACAAGCCCUCGCCCAAAGAGCUCAGGGACUCUCCGACAGCAGCAGCGGACUCCUAACGUGCUUCUCAAGGGCGAGAGAGAGAGCAUCCGUUCUCCUGUGUGUGUGCGUGUGUUUGUGCGUGUGUGUGUCGCCAAUCCAAACCUGAUUUCCGCCUCACGUCUCCCCUUUCAGCGAGUGGGUUGAUUUACGCGAACCCAGUGGCACACGCUUCUCGUGAGAUAUUGAUGUCUCUGAUUUUGUUUACGUUGUCUCGGACAUAGAGAAAAGUACAACAUAUCUCACACGUGGAAGGUGUGGAUGAAAGUUGUCCGUUUCAGUGGCGCACGGACUUCGGCACGCGAGAGGACUCCGCGUCAUGGAAUUCCCGGGAAGGUUGUAGCCUUCUAUAUCGGACAUCUAUUUGACCACGAGCCUUCCUAAGAAUAAUCACCUGUUAGAACCCCAUCCCUUCGGACUUCUGUCUGCAUCACCUCUAGUGAUGACCAUGUUUCAGCACAGCAAUAAGAAGUGUUUCACCAUAGAGUCUCUGGUGGGGAAGGAUACGAGCAACAACAACGCUUCUCCGGCCGGGGAACAUGAACCCAUCCGGCCGACGGCGCUACGCUUCACAGAGUCCAUCCACUCCGCUCCCUUCGGGACCUGCUUCCAGAACUCCGGGAGGAGCAUCUACCCCAGUCCCGACAUGAUGUUCCAGGAUCCGGGGACGCACACGCAGAACUCAGGCCUGCCGCUGCACCCGCUGCAGAUGCCCUCACAGACCUUCUUCAGUCCGCAUCAGAGAGACGCGCUGAACUUCUACCCUUGGGUCCUGAGGAACAAGUUCCUGGGCCACAGAUUCCCAGGUGAGGACAGCCCUGAGAACAUGUUGCUCCACGGUCCGUUCUCCCGGAAGCCCAAGCGGAUCCGAACGGCCUUCUCGCCCUCCCAGCUUCUGCGUCUGGAGCGGGCCUUCGAGAAGAACCACUACGUGGUGGGCGCCGAGCGCAAGCAGCUGGCCAGCGGCCUCUGUCUCACCGAGACCCAGGUGAAGGUGUGGUUCCAGAACCGCCGGACGAAGCACAAGCGGCAGAAGCUGGAGGAGGAGUCCCCGGAGGCCCAGCAGAAGAGGAAGGGCAGCCAGCACGUGAGCCGCUGGAGGGUGGCCACCCAGCAGGGGAGCCCGGACCACAUCGACGUCAUCUCCGACGACUAGGGCCGAGGACUACACCCGCACACGGCACGAGAGAGGGGGAGGGGAAAGAGAGGGAGAGCGAGAGAGAGAGACUGGCACGCAACAAGAGAAGGAGACAGAGAGAGAGAGAAACAGAAACAGAUUAUUAUAAAUACACAUUAACGACCCUUCCAGAGGGGGAAGAACAGAAGCUGUCAAUCAGAGAGCACGAAGACACGGAUACAUACACACACACACACACACACACACACACACACACACACACACACACACACACACACACACACACACACACACAAAGUUAUUCAAGAAGACACGUCAUCAAUAACUCACCGACAGUUCCCUUCUAAUGAACGACGUUGCUACACACGUGUGCAACAUGUUCAGCCUCACCUUAAUGAAGAAACUCUCGCGAAGAAUCGGGCGAGGACCAGGACGACAUGACAGAAUUUGGUUACAUGUUUGGCAAAAAUAUACCGCCCCCCCACCACCAUCCCACUCCUGUCGCACUUUUAAUAUUGUUUUGAUCGUGUCGAAAAACACGGAGAUUGUUUGAUUCCUUUUUCAAAUUCGAGUUCAAUGGAGUUUCUGGGACUUCCGAUCGCUUCGCUCAGACACUCGCAGUUAACGUAUGAACAAUUCUACUUUUGCUGAAUGGGAUUAUAUGUCAACGAGGACCCUCCAAGAAACACUGGAUAUGAGGAAAUAUGUCACUGGAACAUUGAUGAAGUAAUAGACUACUUUUCAGACAUUGCAACUCUUGUGUUGAAAACACUUCGGACUUGAACGCAUUCCAUUGGUUGUGUGAUGAAUCACGGAUAAAUGUGCACGAUGCGCGGCCACGUUGGGAGCACACGCAGCUCCUCUGUUUAUUGUGUUGUUUUGAUAGGCCUGCGUAUAGUUGAGCAUUGUUUUUCGUCUUAUAAAUGUAUGUUUGGACCACUAUUUCAUUUAGACGUUUGUGUUGAACUCCCAGGCGUGGCUUUACCAUGUGUUGGUAUUUAUGUAAAUUGAUUAAAUUGAAAAGUAUUCUAUGCAUCACAUAAGUCAUAAUGUGUUGUUAUCUCCCCUGUCUGUACAAUUUAUUCGUUCAAAUCAGCAUAUUUGUGUCUGACUAUUUGAGACACCUGUGCCUCUGUCUAACUAUUAAGUCCGAAAUGAAAUCAGAAAAAAAUACCUCAAUUCAAAUUAUUUUCAGCUUAAAUUUUCAGCUGGAAAAUAAAUCUCCUUAUGUAGCACUUCUUAGUCAAAUCUAUUUUUUCAUUGGUCGCAAAAAAUAGGAACGCACUACAUUCAUUGCCCCUCGUCCAACUCAAAGGCAGAUACAUAUUUGCAAAUUAUUUUGUUUUUAUUUGUAAAAUAAAAAAAAUG